GUUUCUGCAAACGUCUUGGCGUAUCCAGUUUAAUUUGGUACUUUUUUUACUGCUUUCAAAUGGAUUUUUUUUCGAAUUUAUUGCAGGAAGGAGAUGCUUCUUUAUUCGUGAAAUCUGUUGCAGAGCCGUAUUGCGACGGUCUAACUUUAUGUCGUCGUUGAAAAUGUAGAUAAACAAUCUCACAAGAGCAAAAGUGUUCAGUGAAAGUGGAAAUGCAUGAGGCCUUGGUUCUGCUUAUCCUGAUAGAGGAGGGUUUUGCAUUGGCUCAGAAAACUCAAGCUUUGCCUCAGAAUGUGGCUGUUGAGGAUAAGAAACCCGCUCACUGCGGAACUUUGAUCCAGACGGCAAAUGGAGGAUCAUUCAGUUCACCAAACUACCCCAACACUUACCCGCCAAACAAGGAGUGCGUGUACAUACUGGAGGCCCAUCCACGGAAGAGAAUACAACUCGUCUUCGAUGACAUCUACUACAUCGAGCCGUCCUUUGAGUGCCGCUUUGAUAACAUUGAAAUCCGUGAUGGGCCGUUUGUUUUCUCUCCGUUGAUUAAUCGGUACUGCGGGGCAAAGAGUCCAGGAAUUGUCACCUCCUCCGGACGCUUCAUGUGGAUCAGGUUUAUCAGUGAUGAGGAGCUGGAGGGACUGGGCUUCAGGGUGGAGUAUUCAUAUACUGCAGAUCCUGACUUUCAUCUCCAUAUUGGGGGACUCUUGAAUCCCAUUCCAGACUGUCAGUUUGAAAUGUCUGGAUCAGAUGGUAUAAUCAGAUCUAGUCAAGUUGAGGAGGAAAAUAAGGUGAAAUCAGGGGAAGCACUGGAUUGUAUUUGGACCAUACGAGCUCCACCGAUGUCUAAGGUUAGUAAUGCAGCCCUGAUGAAACAUCCGUUCCUCUCACAUAGAUUUGAACAGUCACUGACGUCAAGUCUUAGAAUGAAGUUGUGUAAGAUACAUGAUAAUAUAUACACAGAUAUGCUCCUUCAGGGGUUUGACCUCAAUGAACUGAUGUUCACUAAAUUGGAGAAAUAUUCAUUUUUCUUACUCUGCUGUCUUUUGUCUUUGUUGUCCUUGUCUCUCACAGAAAAGAAGUCUAAAAGUUUCUUCCAACAGAUGAGUAAAACUCAUAGCACUGUGAUUGGAGUGGCGUCUGGUGUGGUCUUGCUUCUUCUCAUCAUAUCUGUAUUUAUACAGAUGAAGCAGCCAAGAAAAAAGGUUUUGAGCCGUAAAGGUUUGCUCAGCGCUGCAGAGAUGCAGGAGGUGCUGGAGCCUCCUCAGUACGAGCUGUUCUCCAUGCAGGAAGCGGAGCUGCCGGAGGAUCUGUCGGAGGAGCUGGAGAGUCUGCAGAAACUCCGCCGCUCCUCCAGCGUGUCCCGCUGCGUCCACGAGCAUCACUGUGGCGCUCCGAGCAGCGCUGCCUCCAUUGUCAUGGCAAGCAGAGUGCAUCGUCUCUCGCAGGCGUCUGAUGAGAUGAGUACGGUUGUUGGGGCCAGAGGCUGGGGCAGUUUCCACGGACGCAGGAGCAGCUCACACUUCACGCACGACCCGCGCGCUCACGCUUACAGUGCGCAGAGUCUGCGAGAGGCACUGGACGAUGAGGAGCUGGGGCUGGAGGGACGGGUGAUGGAGGAGAUCGGCUACAAUGAUUUUAUCACCCGUGGAUGCAACGCCAUGAUGGUACGUAACCAUGCCAACCCUGUCCAACAGCGCUCCCUCUCUAUGGACUUCUGAGAGGAGCGGAAGUCAUGUGAAAAAAAUUCAAUAAUAUAAUUCAUAGCUGUAAAUGUUCACAUUUGCCCACACCUUCUUUUUUUAUUUUACUAUUUUAUUUCAACGUUUUUCUUAUCAUUCUCAGUACCUCCUUUGCCCUUCCUAUACUUGAUUUCAAGCCAAGUCCAGUAUUUUUUAUUGGUCUUAUUCUCAUUUCUCAAAACCAUAUUAUAUAAAAUAGAGAUGUAGGUCAGGACUUUUAUCACACCUGCCAGUGGUGGGUGAAUUGGUUAAUAUCUCUUACUGGCCAUGAGAUGGUAU